CGUUCCAACAACAUCAACAUUAACUGAACGUGUGCGGAAGAAGGGGACAUGGCGAUGGGGGGCUCCACUUACGUGGCGCUCGGCAGGAGGAGCACUCUCACCGGGGAUAGGAUCCGGGAACAUCACCAUCAUCACCAUCACCAUCAUGGUGCGCAUCAUGUGGACUCCGCCACGGUCCUGGCCACAAACAUCACCAACUUCGUCCGUAAGAACGUCCAGUCUGCGGCGCCCGAGCCGGCCAGUCGGGGUAAGGUCGAGCAGCGCACAAGCCGGAUGUACGUCAGCACCAGACCGGAAGACAUGUGGGAACGUCACUACCGACGGAGACAGAGGCAGCUUCAUCAGGGGUUCUUCAGUGUAGCGCACCGCCCGUACCAGGCGAUCGGUGACCUGAAGUUAGACCCCCGCCUCCUCGUCACUCAAGCCCUGAACCUGCCCGUACAAGCCAAGCUCCCGCCGAUCAGACGGACCGCUAAGCUCGACACAUCUUCCCAUGAGGGUCCCGUAGACGUACCUUUAACUCCGGGGAGGGAAAAGCUGAAGACGGUGAAGGACAGACGUGAAAAGGACGUGAGGACACCUGCCGACUUUUACCAGGUCCGGGAGGAGAUACGGGAAAGCCAGAACCUCAUGCGGGCAGUGGCUGCCGGAAAACCCUUCAAAGAAACGGUACAGACCAUGCAGGCGAUGCGCGCACGUAAGGGGUCCCUGAUGUUAGACCCCAGCAAGAGGAGACUAUCCACGGACGACCCCGCGGAUGUCCCGGCAACCGCAGAGAUGUUGUCCGGUCUGCCGGAGCCGACCCACCACGACAGCUCCGUGGAGCUACUGCGGGCAGAACGGAACCGGAAAGCACUGCUGGCGAAACUCCGGGACAUUCUCCUGGUCAUCAAGUGUCUGUACAAUCUCAGGAGUAAGGACCUUAGAUCAAAGACACCGCUGUCACAUGAGGCCGUUAAAGUCCUGUUGAAGAAAGAGGUGCCGACAGACGGGCACGGUCGGCCUAUGUUGCCGCUGCGCCACGUCACCACGCCGGGCAUGCUGCACGGCCACUACUCCCCUUCAGAACGGUCCGAGUCCGCGGAGACAGUAACGUUAGACGGACAGUUUCAUUCGCUGCGCCGCCGCCGCAUCUCCCACCACGGGCACGGGCACGGGCAUGGACAUGGACACGGACACGGGCACGGACACGGGCACGGGAGACACACCGCCCGCAUGGCCCGAGCGUCCAGCACCUGCCAGCGGCGCCACGAGAGACUGGAGACGUGGGAGGACCUCCUGACCGUCGAUCCCGGGGGUCAGAAACCGGUCAUCAUGCCAAACCUCUUCUCGGUCGUCACGACCAUCCAUGAAAAUUCGGAAAAUCUGCAAUCUCCUGUUGGGACGCCAGGUGGCGCUCAUCAUGCACGCAGCAGACGAACCACCCACGUACCCGGUCACAUCGGAGAACAAGACAAGGACAAGUCCCACUGCGGGCUGGCGGAGAAACUCCCACCCUGGAUGACUGUGGGAACUCUAGAGAAGACCAUCAAGACCAACAUAGCCGCAUAUAACCACGGGAAACCCGACUGUGUCAUGACGGCCAUCAAGAAAGAUUUCAUGAAGGUCAAGAACAAACUUGGGAUAGCUUUGGCUGAGGAUCUGGACAGGUUGAACAAGUAUAAAUGUGAGGUGUUUGCCAACAAGUUCCUGUGCCUGCGGCUUGGUCCGCUGUUCCGGGAGAACCUGGAGGAGAUGCGGUGGAAAGGGGUCGCACUGGCCCGCUCUAGUGACACAGACGUGUUACCAUCCAAAUGUUACCUUGGUGACUGA